AUGACUUUGGCGGGAAAGUGGGGACGCUGGGAGGACGUAUUGAAGGGGCAGGAGAAAGAGGCGCUGAGUGUUGUCGGGGUGGGCCUAGGAGGGGCGAAGCUAUGGUCCCCAAGACGACUAGGCGAGCGGGGAUCCCGAAGGCAGGACUUCUACGGUAGGAGAAUGAGUAAAGUGCGCUCCUCUUUCGACCUGGAAAAAGAGGGGAGCCCACCCGCCGAACAGGCUGCUAUGGCCUCUUCUGCAGCCCUGGAGGUGGGGCUGCUCGGAGCUGAACAAGCCGGGACCGGGGCGUGGUGCGACUCCCCGUACUGCUGGGCAGCGCCGAGGCUCGUUGAGCAAAGAAAUGAGAAAGUGCGAGAACUUUCCGCCCCGAGACCACCUUUCCUCAAGUUGCAGACCUCUGACACUAAAGCUCACUCGUCGGCGAUUACCCUCAGUAAAUUACGCCUUGACCUUGAGGAAGAAAGCUUGGAUUCCACGUGCACGUUUGAUGAAGACUUGGAUAUUUCCCCUACACCAUAUUUUAGUUUAAUAAAUGAUGUUUUCAAGACAGAGACGCUAACAAAAACAGAGAUGAAAUUUAAAAAUACAGCAAUGGCAGAAAUCAUGAAACUGCACAAGCAAAUAAAACAAUUGCAAAUCCAGCAAGAACCGCUAAUUGAGGAAAGCAGACAGCUACACACUGAGAAGUUAAAUGUCCAGGCUGAAAAUAAACUCUUUCUGGAAUACCUGACCAACAAAACUGAGGAUUACAGAAGGCAAGCUGAGAGGCUCUGGAACAGUUAUAUACAAAUACCUAGGGAUUUUGAAGAAAGAAGAAAAAAAUCAGCCUCCAAAUAUGCAAAACAAACAGCAGUACUUGAAAUUGAGCUCAUGCGGAGUGAAGAGAUACAACUCAAUUUGACGCAGCAGUUGGAGUCAAUGAGAGACCUUCUGAUAUUAAAGGAGAAACAGGAGAGAGAAAUAGAGACACUGCAGGAGGAAAAAAAGAAAACCCAUGCCGAAACACAUAGGAAAAUACAAGAAAGGCUGGUCCCGUUCCUCCAGGAAAAAGCAGUCCUGGAGAAACAACUGAGUGAGCCAGACAUGAGGCAGUCUGGGAAAAGAAAAAGAAAACCUAACAGUUUCCGAGACAUAGAGUUAGCAGCAAGGCAGCACAAUUUUGAGUUCCACUGUGGCAUCAACAGAGAGAAUCUGCAGUUACAAAAGGAAUUACUGCAGCUAACCAAGCAGUUCCAGAAAUUGCAGUCUGCUCAAAGCAAGUUAAACACUAAGAAGCAGCAACUGCAGCAGGAACAGUGGUACAUGGAAUGUACAAAACGGGGAAGGCAGCGACUGCAAAGAUUGCAUAACUGGUGCCCAGAAGGGCAGGAUGCUCCAGAAACGACAGUGACCCCUCCCCUAGGUACCAAGUCAAGGAUUAAUACAAAGUAAUUCCUAAAAUAACACCAAGAACUGGAGCAGGUAUUCUUAGGUGCUACAUAAAACUGGUUCGGAAGGUUUUUGGAUCUUAGAUUGCUGUGGUAAAAUAGCCAUCAAAAUAGGAUUUGCUACUUUACCCUGCAGUAUUCUAUUUGUGUGGUGGGCUCCUUGAAU